AUGCGGUACUCUCUCCAGUCUGGGCUGUUGCUGGCAGCUUCCCUUGCUCCUGUCGAGGCCGAACGGGUGCUCGGUGCUUACAUCUUCGCACGCCAUGGUGAUCGCACACCAAAGGUGUUUGGUAGCACCACUCUGACUGACCUGGGCUAUCGCGAGGUCUUUGAUGCCGGUUCUUUCUACAAUGAUCGGUACAUCUCGGACAAUUCCUCCAAGCAGAUUGAGGGCAUUAGCUCGGAAGUGGUCAAUCCCAAACAGAUCACUGCCUAUGCGCCGGCGGAAAAUGUCUUGCAAAACUCGGCUUUUGGUUUCCUGCAGGGUGUCUACCCUCCCGUGGGUAAGGUCGCUUCCCAAACUUUGGGUAACGGCUCCUCAGUCGAGGCACCAUUGGGUGGCUACCAGCUCGUCUUGUUGAAGGAAUCUACUACCAGCAAAGAUGCCGAAGAUUCGACUUGGUUGCAGGGCUCCAGUGGUUGCCAAAAGGCAACGUCCCUGGAACCCAUGCUCUCUGGAGCCUUCCCCUCCUCCGACAUGACCUUCAAAAAUGCCUACACCAUCUUCGACUACCUGAAUGUGGGCAAGAUUCACAACUCCAGCAGCGAGUUCCCCCACAAGUCGGACUUGACCGAUGAUGUCUACCACCAGCUGAUCUCGCUGGCCGGCAGCCACGAGUAUAACCUGGCUUACAAUGCCUCUGACAAGGCCCGUGCCAUUGACGGCGCUGUCCUGGCCGGUGAGAUCAUGUCUGCGCUUAACGACACCAUUACCAGCAAGGGUAAGUCCAAGCUGAACAUUGGGUUCGGUUCUUACGGCACCAUCUUCUCCCUCUUUGGUCUGUUGCAGAUGCCUGCCGCAUCUGUCAACUUCACCGGCAUUCCCGACUAUGCCUCCUCAAUGGUCUUCGAGCUUGUGACCAACGCAUCGGGUACCGACUUCCCCACCGACAAGUCCGAUCUCAGCGUGCGAUUCAUGUUCCACAACGGCACCAUCACGGGUGGCUCCGAGCCAACCGCGUACCCGAUGUACGGCCAGUCCAGCGAGCUUCUCUCCUGGAAUGACUUCGUCAGCAAGACUACCGACAUCGCCGUUAUCAAUGACGAUGAGUGGUGUGCUGUCUGCGGCAACACCGACGGCAAGUGCGCAAGCUCUGACAGCACCAGCUCGUCUUCCGACUCUGCUAGUGCUUCUAGCACUGGCGGCUCUGGCAUGUCGCGCGCCGUGGCCGGUGUGAUUGGUGCCAUGGUCACAUUGGCUGUCAUUCUCGGUCUCCAGGCUCUGUUCUUCCUUCUUGGCGGAUUCCGCAUUGCGAAGCGUGUGAAGAACACCCCUGAGACGAGCGCCUCUGCUGCUACGGAGGUCGAGAAGAAGGCUUAG